AUGGACGCAAGAAUCAUAGGACAUAAACGACAGAGGCAUCCUGAGGAGAAGCAAAUCCAAAUCAAAAAGCAUGAAUCAAGCAGCACUCAGUAUACCAUCAAUGCAUUGCUAGUAAAUGGUGUAACUGCAACUAGACAUUUGGAGCGUAAUAUGCUUGAAUCAAUAGGUGUUCGAACAGAGUCUGCAAUUGGUGCUCAAGAGGCAAUGCAAGUUUUGUUGACUGGUGCUAAAUUUGAUUUCAUUUUUGUUGAUUUUGAUUUGUCCAGUACCAGUGGACCUGAGUUUGUGAGACAGAUGCGUGCAAUGGGUGUACCAAGCAAGGUGGUGGGCAUUUUAACAAACAUCAAUGAUCAUGAUAAACAAAUGUUUCAUGAAUCAGGAGCUAAUGGCAUCACCGAGAGACCGUUGACCCGAAAAAGCGUCAAAUACAUCAUUGACCUCCUUCAAUGCCUCAUGUGA